AUGGAGAUCGUGGAACAGUUAAAAUUGACAGGCAACGUUAAUCUUGAUGGCGUCCAAACCAAGUCUAUUGUAGCUGCAGGCGAGAUCUAUAAAUCGUUGGUGCGGCGGACGUUCUUGCUAAUUGUUGGAGAUGUGAGCAGUGAAAUCAAAGUGGAUUUGAUGGGAAUUCCCCUACCCAGAGAAGCUCCAUAUGAUUCGAAGGUCGUUUUUGUGAGAGAUGAAGUGAUGCCGACAGUUGCUGUGCCGCAAUACAAUGUGACCAUCGACUUUGAGAAGUUGUCCGAAGACAUGUUACUCGAAGAGGCCAGUGAUGUGUCCCAUUCUACUGGCAUCCAGGGCUACUUUGCUCCCGAAACCAUUCUUUACUGCUUGCUGUUCUUCUGGUUUUUCUCAAUUUCUCAAUAUAGUAUGUAUUAUGUGACAAGGAUUUGGAGGGCGGAGGGAGUUAUUAUUAGAAGGGAGACAGAGGAAGAUGAAGAAUAUGAUUCCAUGUUUGCGGAGAAGGCUCGCAUUCUACUGAGAGAGUUCGAGUUUCGUUCUCUGAUUCAAUUAACUGAAAGCCAAACACACUGGCAACUGCCGGAUUGGGCCAUGGAGAAUGAUCGUGUCCGUGAUCUAGCAAAUGCUUUAACUCAUGGGAGAUACAGGAUUUACUUACCACCGAAGAGGAAAUUAUUGGACACUUAUUGGCCAACGGAACUCCCUCUAGAAGGCCACAAACUCUCCUCUCUACAGCUUGGGGGGUGGAAUUAUUUCCACCCCGAUUUCGAAAUCGUCAUACCAGACCCUUUUUUUAAGCAAAUGCAGGGCCUUCGAGUCCUGCGUCUUGAUCAACUAAGUAUCAAAACUCUGCCCUCCUCCAUCGCCUGCUUGCACAAUCUCAGACUUCUCAGUAUAUCUGAAUGCCAACACUUAAACUCUCUCCCCACUUCCAUUCAAGCUCUUUACAAUCUCGAGUUCCUUUAUGUUGAACAAUGUUCUUCUUUCGAAACAAUGCCAGAUGAGUGCUUUCGACAAAUGACCAACCUUCAAUUUCUCAAACUCCAUGGAACGAGCAUCAGGUCACUGCCUUCCUCUGUUUCCAAGCUACACACCAUCCAUCAACUCAACUUAAUAGAAUCCCCCUCUUUAAUGAAAAUCCCAAAUGAGACCUUCGAAUGUAUGGAGCGGCUUCAGGUUCUUAGCUUGAACGGUGCUUCUAAUCUAGAAUCUCUGCCAUCCUCUCUCUCCAAGUUGGUCAAUCUUAGGCAACUCCUGCUAGCGAACUGUUCUUCCCUAAAGAUGAAGUUGCUGCCGCAUUUGGAAAAGCUCUCCGCACUCAAGGAGCUUGAUCUCAAAAACUGUAAUUCCCUGGAAGAUAUUGAGGAUCUUUCUACUUCUCUUGGAAAUAUCUUGCCAAACCUCCAAAAGCUCGAUCUUUCCAGAAUCGAGGCAAUUUCGCAGGUCUCCUUGAAUGGCUGCCAAAGCCUAGAGUCUGUAAGCCUGAAGCGGCUUAUAAACCUUCGAAAGCUCAAUAUUUCAGGUACCAAAAUCAAAUGCUUUCCUGAAAAUAAUAUGGUCGGCACUGAUCAUCUAAGGCGCCUGGACUUCCAAUGCAUGAAUCACCUUCAAGAAAUUAAAUGGGAUGAUCUAAGUACAGAUCUUGAAUAUCUCAACAUCGAUCAGUGCAACACGGGGGAUAAUAAAUGGCAGGGAGAUAUAGUUGGGGCUCACAUAAGGGUUAGUAAUUACCAUCUUUUUCAAUCCUUAACAGCAGACUCAAAAUUGUGGGGAGCAAAAUGCUUCUCUCGAUUCCAUAUAUGCAUCUCUCCUUGCCAAGAAGAAAAACGUAAAAGGCGAUUUUUAUAUGCAAACAUGGGUUUCAAGACACAAACACCUAAUUUACCUUCAGAAAGACAUUUCGAUAGGCAUUUGGAGAUCCGAGGAGGCGAUACUUCCCCCCACAUUUCUACUCAUUAUUUUCUCAUUCGAACGGAAUUAUUCACUCUGUGUGACAAUGCCUUCGUCCAUAGAUUGUCGGAUUUUUGCAUUGUGGAUGCAAUAACAGAACUGAGAGAAUGCCGGGUUGAGAGUUGCAAGAAUUUGGAGAAAUUUUUUGAAGGAGUGAAUCUAAGCUCUGCCACUUUAAGUUGCCUCGAGAAUGUAUGGAUGUCUAACCUUCCAAGACUGAAGAGCGUGUGCGAGGGCAGAUAUGCGAACCAAAGCUUCACACUCCUUAAACAUAUAUAUCUGGAGCGCUGUCCGAGACUCAUUGUCGUCUUCUCGUCAGGCGUAUGCUUAACAAACCUGGAAACUCUGCAUAUCAAGUUCUGCACUAGACUGGAGGCAGUGUUUCGAGGGGUAGCUAAGGAAAAAGGUUCGCUCCAACGACUACAUACCGUGUGUCUGUGGGAGCUACCAAAGCUGGAGAGUAUCUGCAGUGACGUGUGCUUGGGGGCAUUGAAGAAGCUGAGAGUGGGUGGAUGUCCGAAGCUGAACAAGCUUCCUCUUCAAAUCUCUAAUGACAAUGCUGCUGCUUCUAAAACUGUUAUCGGUGAGGGUGGUGUUAAGGUGGAAGGCGAGUUGGUAUGGUGGGCCAGCCUCAAGUUGGAAGGAGACAACAUCAAGCGCCAUGUCUACUUCAAAGAACGCCGACCUUUCAACAGGGUGGUUUUUGCAUGUCAGAUGAGUCAAAAGCCGUCUUCUGGCCGUUCUAGCCUUCUGGUUCCUUCUCCGUCAAAUCUGCCUGGGAGAGUGCUGAAGAAUGCAAUUCCGAUGGAUGAAACAUUCAAAACUAGAGGCAUUCCGCUAGCUUCCAAAUGUGCUUGCUGCGUGGGGAAUCCGCUCGUCCGUCCAGCUUGUGAGUCCUUACAACAUCUCUUCCUUCAGAGCAAUCUGGCGGGGACAGUUUGGGGGCAUUUCCAGUCUAUUUUCAGGCUCCCUUCCUUGCCUAGUCUCUCCGUGCAACAUUGGCUUCGGCUCUGGUGGCAUUUCGAGCCAUCUUCGGGCCUGCUUCAUAUCAUUGGAGGGCUGGCCCCUUGCAUCAUCUUGUGGGAGAUCUGGAUUUCCAGAAAUGCCUCAAAAUAUGAAGGGAUUCCCCCAUUGGCAGCUAGGAUCAUAGCUCGGGUUACGUGGAGGUUGUCUUCGUCUUCCUCGUUAACCCACGCCACUUCAGUUCAACUAGCGGCCAAUUUUCUGGCUUUCCGUGAUCGGGGUAACGUUGAUUCUUUUACCCCAAGGGCCCAUUUGGAGUUGGUGAAAUGGAGAAGGCAUAAGUGCAGUUGGGUCAAGCUCAACGUCGAUGGGCUGUUUCCCAGAUCUGUGAUGAUGGUCUUCGAGUGGGUCAGAGAGGAGAGAGCAGGCAUGGCUAGUCGACGGGGAAGUGAUUUACCAACAUUCGAAGGACGGCUCAAUAACUAUCCAGUUGGUGUUAAACGUGCCGGGGAAAAGCUCUUCAAUUGCUUUAAAAAUCCAAAGAUCGGAGUCAUCGGCGUCAAAGGGUUUUAUGGUGUGGGGGGAUGGAGGAUCGUCGAAUAUGCAGCUCAGAAGGCAAAAGACUCUCAUCUCUUUGAUGUACAGAUACCUGUGAAGGUAUUGGAAAGGGAUUUCAGCCUUACAAAGGUGCAGAUGGAAAUUGCAUUCCAGUUGGGGUUGACAACUGCUGGUAGUACUGAGGAGGAAAUGACCUUAAAGUUUUUAGAAGUCAGACAUGAAAUCUAUGACUUGCUGAGGGGACGAAGGUUCUUGUUAAUGAUAGGAAAUGUGUCUGAGGGGCUGAUCGACAUAGAAUCCUUGGGAGUUCCAUUUAGAAGGUCACGGACAUACGAUUCCAAGGUCGUUUACGUAGGCCGUUGGGAUGAUGAUAACAUGAGCAACGUGGCCAUCAAGCUGGAGGAGUCGUCCAUAGAUGUUUUACGCGAAGAGGCCACUAACGUAGCCCAUUCUCUCAAUGUUAAGGGAUGUUAUGCUCCCGACACAGUCCUCAACUGCUUCUUCUACCUAAUGUUAUUCCGUGAAGAGGGAUGUGAAGUAGAAUGGCUGACAAGGUAUUGGAUGGCAGAGGGAUUUAUUACUCGAGGCGGGAUGGAAGAAGAUGACGAUUGGAGGCUUCAGCAGAAGAAGGUGGAGGCACUAUUGAGAGAACUCGAGGACCAUUUCAUGGCAUACUACAGGAGUAACAAAUGGGGACUUUCGUCGAGGAUUCGUAUGGCAUCUAGAGAUCUAAAAAGUUCUUCAACUCAUGAUAGAUUUUGGAGUGAAAGUCCACUGCCGAUAGAGAUUUGUGAGUGGGAAAACAUUCAUAGGAUGCAUGUAUUGGUAUGGGAGGAAGAAACAUACCGUCCUCCUCUUGCUCCUAAUUGCCCCAAACUCUCCACUUUAAUUUUUACAGUAAUUUCAUGUAGUGGUGGUCAAAAAAUCAUCAUACCUGACCCCUUCUUUGAGCAAAUGCAGGGCCUUCGAGUCCUCGUUCUUUACCAGCUAGAUAACAAAUUCCUGCCUCCCUCUAUUUCUUGCUUGCACAAUCUCAGACUUCUGAUAAUAGAAGAUUGGGAAAACUUAGAGUCUCUCCCCUCUUCCUUCCAAGCUCUGCACAAGCUUGAGUUCCUUGAAGUUUCAAAAUCUCAUUCUUUGGAGUCAAUACCAUAUGAGUUCUUUAUACAGAUGAACAACCUUCAAUUUCUCUCUCUCAAUGGAAAGAAAAUCAGAUCACUGCCUUCCUCAGUUUCCAAGCUGUGCACACUCCGUGAACUCAAGUUAACAAGCUCUGACUCGUUAAUGGAACUGCCAGAUGAGAGCUUCGAGUGUAUGCAGCGGCUUUGGGUUCUUGACUUGAGCAAUAGUUCUAAUCUGAAAUCCCUUCCGUCCUCACUCUUGAAGUUGUUCAAUCUUAGGCGACUCGUACUAGCAAAUUGUUAUUCCUUAAAGAUCAAGUUGCUGCCACAUUUGCAAAAGCUCACCGCUCUCGAAGAGCUUAUCCUCUGUAACUGUAAUUCCCUGGAAGAUAUUGAGGAUGUCUCUUCUUCCCUUGGAAAUAUCCUGCCAAAGCUCCGCAUGCUUGACCUUUCUGGAAUUAAGGCCUUUCAGCGCCUCUCCCUAAGAGGUAAUCAAAGCUUGGAAUUUCUAAACUUGGUUGGGCUUACAAGCCUUCAAGUGCUUAGUCUUUCAGGCACCAGGCUCCAAAAGUUUCCAGAAAAAAUGCAUCGAACGGAUCAUCUAAGGCGUCUAGACAUGCAGUGCAUGGAUCACAUUCUUGAGAUCAACUGGGAAGGUAUGAGUAUUGAGCUUGAGGAGCUCAACAUUGAUCAGUGUGGGGCCCUUCAUUUAUUUACCCAUAAUGAAUGGCCAGGAAACAGAGGUGGGGCGCGAAUAAGGUUAAGUAAUUCAAAGCUUUUACAAUCUUUCAUGCCAUCCUCAGAUUUGUGGAGAGCCAAAUGCUUCUCUCAAUUCCAUAUCCACAUCUCCCCUUGCCAAGUAGACCAACAGGGAAGAGGUGAAGGCAUCCAUCUCCGCCAGGGAAGAAAAUUCCUUUAUAAAUAUAUCGAUUCCAAGGCCCAAACAUGUGAUAUACCAUUUUCUGCAAGCCAUUUUAACAGGCAUUUGGAUAUUUGUGGAGGUACUAGUUCCCCAAACGGUAUUAAUGGGGUUCUCAGUCACACAGAAUUAUUCACUCUGUGCGACAAUGCCUUUGUCCGAAGAUUAUCGGAUUUGGGCGAUGUCAAAAGAAUGACGGAACUGAAAGAAUGCAGAGUCGAGAAGUGCAAGCAGAUGGAGAAAUUCUUUGAGGGAGAGAAUGCCAGCUCUGACACUUUAAGUCUCCUAGAGAACGUAUGGAUGUCCUAUCUUGCAAGACUGAAGAGCAUAUGUGAGGGUACUUACGGGAGCCGAAGCUUUGCAGGCCUAAAGCACAUACAUCUAGACUGUUGUCCUAGACUCGUCACCGUCUUCUCCUCUAGUGUAUCUUUACAAAGCCUGGAGAAGCUCGAAAUCAAAUUUUGCAGUAGACUAGAGGCUGUGUUUCGAGAGGAUGAUACCGUGCAAGGCUCGCUCCAACGAUUACACACGGUAUGUCUAUGGGAGCUACCAAAGCUGGAGAGUAUUUGCCAUGGCACUUAUUUGUCGGCGCUGAAGAAUCUGAAGGUGAGGGGAUGUAGGAAGCUGAAAAAGCUUCCUCUUUGUGUUGAGGACAAUGCUUCCGGUUCUACUUCCAUUGGGGGUGGUGAUGGUUCUGCAAAGGUGGAAGGGGAGUUGAAAUGGUGGAACAGUCUCAAAUGGGAAAAGGAGAGCAUCAAGCACCACAUCCACUUCAAAGAAUCACGCCCCUUUACCUAG